AAUCCCCCAGUAACCUGGAAGAAGAAGAACACGGUCUCUGUUUUCAUUAGCUUGAUGAACCUGGAUCUGUUUGGAAAUAUAAUGCGGGUUUCUAAGUACUUCUACGGUUCUUCUGGACCAGAAUAAAGUUCUGCUGUUUCCCAUGAGUCCACUGGAGACUCCAGGGACGCUUCAGCGAAACCAAGCCGCGGAGAGAUAGCUGAGCUCCCCGGCUAGCUGGCUAACAUUAGCUAGCCAGCUAGUUAGUUGGCUUACACAGGAUGGCGUUUCCCUAUAAAAUCCCCAAGAAGAAACAACCUGAGGGUUCAGACUCCGCCCACAUCCACCUGCUGUCGCCCCUGUCACGUCUCCAUGGCUCCGCCCCCCAGGUUAAGGAGUGGGAUUUGGGGAGCCCGACCAAAAGAGGUGGAUCUGACAGAAUGCAUGAUGGGAAAUCAUCUGGAAUAAGGGCGACGCGGCAACCAUUCAGGAGCUACGUCCAAACUCUCCUCGGUCUGGACAGCUCUUUCAGGGGCAGAGCUUCAUCAGCCAAUCACGGGUCGGCAGGAAGCUGGAGCAGCCAAUGGCAGCAGAGCUUUUCUGACUGCAGGGGGCGCCCUAACAGAGCGUCUGACUCUCUGCUGCAGCCGGAGGACUCCUCGGGUCUCCAGUCUCCACCACAGAAGAAAGUUUCUGUUCUGUCCACGCCGCAUAAACGCAUCUCUGUGAAGGCUGUGGACUACCUGGAAGAGCAGAGAGCACAGGUGGAUGCUGGGAAGUUGAGUUCUUCUCCGCCACAGAGGAAAGUGGAACUAGUCGCCAACGGGAAGGAGAAGAAGAAUUCGUCCAGUGUUGGACCAGAGGAGACGUCUGAGGACGAGUUUGUGUCUCUGUCCAGCUCCUCUUCCUCCUCCUCGAUGAAGACGGCGUUGUCACCAAAAACGGCCAGGAGGAGGCGGCAUGCGGACCUGGAGGACGUGAUGGAGACUCAGAGGCACAGGUGGAGGACGUUCAGAAACAGGAAGACGCUGGCAGCUUCAGUUCUCAGACAGAAGAAGUGCAAACUGAAUCCCAGUGAAGCCAUCGUCCUGUCCAGUGAAGAGGAGGAGGACGAUGAAGGACAGAGGACGUCCAGAUGGGUGGACGGAGCAGGAAAUACAGAGAAAAAGCAGGUUCUGCUGGGUUCUUCUCCGCCGUCCUUCCUGCAUCUGGAGUUCUGCUCGCUCCACUCCGGCCUGAUGGAGGCUGACGCUUGUGGGCCUAUGAAGAUCGCUGACAACGGGAUCACCUUCCCACUGAAAGGAACGGAGGACACCGAGGUGGCGGUAGUGGCGUCUCAGCUCCGAGGCUACGGCGUCUGGGACGGGGGCGUGGCGAUGGGCGGGGCUCUGCUAGCUGGAUGGAGAGGCCCCGCCCCCUCGCUGCUCUUCCUCUGGGUGUCAACAGCUCAGGCCAACCUCCUGCAGCGGGAGCUGUCGCUCAUCCAGAAGUCCAGCGCCAGAGCUAAUGCGCCGCCAUGCUCCUUCCUCCUGCUGAUGCUGAAGGAGCAGCUGACGGAGCUGCAGGCCGCUCUGCUGGCCUCCAUCUUGGACAUGGGGGAGUACAAGCAGCACCGCUCCUCUUCCUCCCCCAUCGACUGGCCCCAGGGCCUGCUGCUGCUCCACACCUGCCCCUCUCCACUGGACCGGCACCUGCUGCACCUGCUGGGACACUCUGCUAAGCCGGGUCAGUCCAGCGCAGCUCAGAGGAACCCUGCUGGUCAGCAGCCCACAAGGCUGAUCCAGUACCCUCUGGUACCAUGUAUCGGUCGGAUGACGCUGACGCAGGAAGACCUGGACUGUCUGGAUGCCGGGGAGUUCCUGAAUGACGUUAUCAUUGACUUCUACCUCAAGUACUUGCUCCUGGAGGGCGUUGGCGGUACGGUGGCCCAGAGGAGUCACGUCUUCAGUAGUUUCUUCUACAAGCAGCUGAGCUGCCGGCGAGCGGCCGGAGAGAGCGACGCCCCCUCUGUCCCCGACCAUCACACGAGGCAUCAGAGGGUGAAGACGUGGACGCGGGACGUGGACAUUUUCUCCAAAGACUUCCUGUUUGUGCCUGUUAACAAAGCAGCCCACUGGUUCUUGGUGGUGGUCUGUUUCCCCGGACUGGAGGCCGUUCGGACCGAGGAGUUCCAGAGUGGAGCAGGUGGAUCCGAACCGGCUGCAGCAGAACCGCGUCCCAGGUCCCAGCUGCCACCGUGCUCCCUUCUGGGCUGUCAGAAGAAAACCGUCACCAAGAGGCCGUGCAUCCUGGUCAUGGACUCCCUGAAGCUUUCCAGCCACGACGACGUCUGCCGACUGAUCAGAGGCUACCUGCAGGUGGAGUGGGAGGUUCGGAGGAAGUCUCCGCGCCUCUUCGCCCCCGCCUCCAUGCGGAGCUGCACCUGCAGCGUUCCUCAGCAGGACAACGGCAGCGACUGCGGCGUCUACCUGCUGCAGUUCGCCGAGAGCUUCCUGCAGAACCCCGUCGUCGACUUUGACCCGCCGCUGCGACUAGAGGGCUGGUUCCCACGGCAACGGGUGCGACAGAAACGUAACGAGAUCCGGAGUCUGCUCUUGAGGCUGGAGCGGGCCCAGCUGAGUGAACAGAACCCGGACACCGAGUUCUGACUGGAGUGUAAAUGAGUCCACUUCCUGUUUUAUAAAAUAAAGACUAAUUUAUCCUGCUG